AUGACGAUGCAAAAGGCCAGCAAAGUGAAUAUGGAAGUGCGAACGACUCUAGUAACAAUGCAGGCCACAACUAUGUCUAUAAUCCUAGCUCUGCCACUGGUGGUGCUGAUAGCGUCGACAUUGGUGCUAUCAGUAAAAGGAAGGAGAAUACAUCUGGCGACAUCUCCAAUAAUUUUGCUGUUACUCAUUCUGUUCAAGAAGGGCCAACAAGCGCGUUCAAUAAACUUCACAUUGUCGAAGAAUAAAUCGUUAUUUUGUCUGACUUUUCUUAACUACCCAUUUCAUUUUAUUACGGCUUGGUGCCAUAAUGAUAUACUAAAUAAAUAUGAAUUUUGCCUUUUCUUAAUUUUCCUUAUACGUAUAGUCAUUACAAUUAAUAAAGUAACAUUAUAA